AAAGUUGUUUUUAUGACUACGGAAUGUAACGUUUUGAAAGUAAAAUAGAAUGAGCCAGCAACCAAAUGCAAACGAUAAUGACAUCACGAAAGUAGUAAUAAAACCGGCUGUCGAUGAUGUGACUUUUGAAGCAUUAAAAAAUGACUUUGAUGAAGUACUUAAAGAGAUUGAAGGAAACAGAGGCCUGGAGAGAUAUAAGGAGGAAUAUGAGAAGUUAAUGAACGCCUUCUUCAGGUCUCAUGACAAUGAAAAGCGCCUUAUGAGAAAAUGCCGAGAGCUGAAAGCAGAAAUAGUUUCAAACUCUGCUAAAGUAUCACAGGCAGUAAAGAUCUCUAGUGAAGAUCAAGGCAAUAUGACUUACUUAAAGCGCGAAAUCGAACAAGCCUGGAAAAUGGUUGAUGCCGCAGCUGAUAGAGAAACUAAGGCUCAUGAAACUAUUAAACGACUCAAAGAAGAGAUAGCAUCUUUAAGCAAACAACUGGAACAUGGAGGAGUUGGUGUUAUUGGACCAGAAAGUUUAGCUGAACUGCAAAGACAAAAGGAGAAAUUGAUCAAAGAAAGAGAUGAACACUACUUAGACAACCAGAAGUUAAAAGAACAAAUUGAAGAGACUAGAAAUCAUAUUGUGGUUUAUCAAAAUGAAUUACUUGACGCACAGAAUAAAAUAUCAGAAUUGACAGUAGAUAUUCAAAAUAAAAAUUUAGAAGUACAAAAGGAGUUACGUAAGAAAGAACGUAUGGAAAAAGAUUUAAAACAAGUACGCACUGAAGUUGAAACGAAAAUGGAAGAGAUCAGUUUAACAUCUGCAUCUGUUGAAAAAUUGAAACAAGAAUUACGUACAAAAGAGGAAGAGAAUCGUGCAACAAAGGUAUCCUUAGAACAAGCUAAUCGUCAUUUACAAAUAACUGAAGGCAAAUUAAAAGAUUGUCAAGCGAAACUUGAACAACAAAUUCAAGUUACUGAGUCUGUAACAGCUGAAGUACAAGCAAGAACCAUUGAAGUUAAGCAACGUGAAGAGGAAGUACAACGUACAAAAGCUGAUUAUAAUAGAUUACUAAAACAAACUGAAAUGGCUCAAAAGAAAUUGAAUCAAGCCGAAGAAGAAAAGGUGAAUUUAGAGCAUACUCGUGAACGUCUACGAAAUGAAAUACAAGCAUAUGAAAAUGAAAUGGAAUUAAUGCGUAAAACACAUGAAAUCGACAAAAAAGCAUGUGAAGAAUUAGGCAGAGAAAAGGAAACAUUGAAUAAAACUUUGACAAAGGCUACAGCACAAACAGCUAAACAAGCGAAUCUUUUAAAAAUGCAUGAAAUGUCAAAACAAAAUUUAGAACAAGAAAUUAUUAAUUAUCGUGAUGAAGCACAAAAACAACGUAAAAUUAUUUACAAGUUAGAACGUGAACGUGAUCGAUAUAUAACUGAAGCUUCUGAGUUAACUCAAAAAGUUUUACAGAAUAUGGAUGAUUUAAAAUUUCGUGAAAUGCAAAUUUUUGAAAAUAAGAAAAAAAUUGCUGAAGCUGAGACAAAAUUAAAACAACAACAGAAUUUAUAUGAAGCUGUACGCAGUGAUCGUAAUAUGUAUAGUAAAAAUUUAAUUGAAGCACAAAAUGAAAUAAUUGAAAUGAAAAGAAAAUUAAAGAUUUUAUCACAUCAAAUUGCUCAAUUAAAAGAUGAUAUAGCAACACGUGAUGCAACCUUAGUUAAAGAAACAAUGGAACGACAAAAAAUUGAAAAAGACAAAGAACAAUUAAUGAAAGAUUUAGAAAAAAUGAAAGCACAAAUAAUUGAAAAUCGUGCCUAUAUAGAAGCACAAGAAGCAGAAGAAAGUAAACUAUUGAAAAUUGUUACUGAAGCUGAUAAUGAACGUGUUAAAGAGAAGAAAGAACAUGAACAAGUUGUUAGUGAAAGAGAUGUCUUAGGCAGUCAAUUAGUACGUAGAAAUGAUGAAUUAGCUUUACUUUAUGAAAAAAUUCGUAUACAACAGUCUAUAUUAAAUAAAGGUGAAGCACAAUAUAACGAAAGAUUAAAUGAUUUAAAUCUAUUAAAACAAGAAGUUAGGAAAUUAAGACGUGAAAAAGCUUUACUUCAAGCUACAGCAACAAAAGUUGAAGAUCUUAAAGUAGAAAUUAAUAGAAUUCAAAGGAAUUUAUUGAAAGAAAGAUCAAGAGCAAAGGCACUUGAAGAAGAAUUACAAAAUCCAAUUAAUGUUCAUCGAUGGAGAAAACUGGAAAUAUACUACUUUGAUACAUGGAGAGAAUUUGAAUUCCUUCCACAAGGCAGUGAUCCUUCUACAUAUGAAAUGAUACAGAAAAUUCAGGCCUUACAAAAACGUCUUAUUAGUAAGACAGAAGAAGUAGUUGAAAAAGAAUUGUUGAUUCAAGAGAAGGAGAAAAUUUACAUCGAAUUGAAACAUAUAUUGGCACGUCAGCCAGGUCCAGAGGUUGCAGAACAACUCAACGUUUAUCAAAGUAUUAUAAAAGAUAAAACUAAACAAAUGAAAGCAAUGACCGCUGAGAUGAACGUUUAUGAAAGUCAAAUAGCUGAGUAUAAGUCAGAAAUAGAACAUCUGAAUCGUGAAUUACAAGAAGUUAAGAGAAAUUACUUUAAACAAAAAAGACGUCAACAGAAGAUGAAUUUAUCCAAUGAAAGUCAUAAUAGCCAAAAAGAAGAUAAAAUUCAAAGGCAUCUCCAGCAGCAGAGGCAAUCAAUAUUACACGAACAGCCAAAAGAUUCACAAGCACGUUUUACUGGUGGAGGAUUUAAAAUAACACAUGUUGUCAGUUGAUCUGAUAUAUGAUCAAUGUUUAUUAAUUUUUAAAAAAACGAAAAAAUAUUCAAAUAGGAUGCAUUGUUCAUGUAUCUAUAUGUAAAGAUUAUACAUUUUGUCACAAAUAAAAUAUUAGUUUUGAUUUUAACUUAGUAUCACUGUAACAAAUCUGCUCUCCUCAAAAUAUGGAUUUGAAAUCAUCG